CAGAGCGGGCCGUUUGAAUCCCAGACAGUGCCGUCGGCGCACUAUUCUGCGGGCGCACGUGGCCGGGGCGCCCCUAGACCUGACCUGGACACCAGCCUCGACCCCCGAACCCAGAAGGCGGGGAAGGAACCGCGGGGCCGAGACCCUCCGCGUCAGCCAUGGGCCCGCGCCGCCGGAAGCGCAAGACCGAAACACCAAGGAGACGCACCGCUAGCCCGACCCCCGCCACCCCACGUCCGACCCCUGCCACCCCACGUCCGACCCCCGCCACCCCACGUCCGACCUCCGGCACCCCACGUCCGCCCCCUUCCAGAGGCCCUUCCUUCCGUCGUCGGUACCGGAGACAUCUGGUUCUGAGGGAGAUCAAAAAUCUUCAGAAGAGCACACACCUUUUGUUAAGGAAGGCCCCCUUCUGCCGCCUGGCAAGAGAAAUAUGUGUUAAAUUCACUCGUGGUGUGGACUUCAGUUGGCAAGCCCACGCCCUGCUGGCCCUCCAGGAGGCGGCAGAAGCCUUUCUAGUGCAUCUCUUUGAGGACGCCUACCUUCUCUCCCUCCACGCCGGCCGCGUCACCCUCUUCCCGAAGGAUGUGCAGCUGGCCAGGAGGAUCCGAGGCAUCGAGGAGGGGCUCGGCUGAGCUGCCCCUGCCCCGGGAAGAUACCAGGGACUCCGGCUGGGAGUCCGAGGUGCUGGCUGGACUUGGUGUUUCUGAGUCGAGUGCACAUGUUGCUUUUGUAACUGGUUCUUUUAAAAAGGGGCGCGCUGCCCGGCUUCCCUCUGCAGCUGAGGACGCGGACAAGAAAGUCAGCGUGGUCCCAGGGGCCUGGGGGCUGUUUCCAGACAGAGGGCCUCCGAGGCUGACUGCAGUUUGUAAAUUAUUCCUAUGGCUGCUUGGUGAUUUUGGAGACAUCAGAUUUGCUGAUAUCUGCGUACUGUCUGAGAUCUUCCUGGACCAUUUAAAGCUUUUACCAUAUGUAUAUUUACUUGUGUUUGACACGGAAGGGGAAAGACAAGAGAAGAGCACUCCGGCCAGCUGCGGGGCGGAGCCUGGCGCGUCCGCACACAGACCUCUGUCCUUCUGGUCAGCUUUGGCGGCGGCGGCAGCGGCGGCCAGCAGGGGCCUGCGCGACCUGCGCCUGCCUCAAGUUACAGCUUUUCCAGAACUCAUCUGGGGUGAAAACUGAAAAUCAAGAUUUGAUGUUCUGGUUCUUCUUAGUAAAUUUCUAUCAAGAUCACUCAGAAAUUCUAGCUUGUAGAAUUUUAUUAUUUGUAAAUCACAGAGGAUGUAGCACAAUUUAUACUUUAGAAUUUUUCAUUCCCAGAUUUUCAAGUGUUUUAAUGUAUUGACAGAUAUUUUUAUAAAUUCUUCGUGGAGAGAUAGUAAAAAUAAAAAUAAUUCUUUAAUGAAAAAUGUUUAAAGCAAAGUUACUGUUAAAGCAUACAUGUAUAUUUUGCGCGUUAACAUGAAGUUCUCUGGACACUGUUUGCAAACAGCUAAAAUUUAAAUGAGCAUCGAGGGGUGUGUUUUUGUCUCCAGCGGAGUAGCACACGAGCGGUGAGAACCUUGCCCUUCUCCUGUAGCUGAAAGCACUUUCAGAGAUUUCCAGACAAAUAGGGAAUGCUACCCGAAGAUUCUUAGAUUUUGUGUCUAGUCGAACUGAUGAGUGAGGGCAGACUAGUCAUCUGAACUCAGAGACAAACUAAAGGGGAGGACCAACUUCUAUCAUUUAAUACAAAUGAACCCUUUGGGAAAACCUUCUUGUUUGACCUCGACUUGUAGUUAUGCAGGUAUUCAAAUAAAGCUUGUCUAUGUACGAAUGUA